GCGCGAGAUAAAAUGUGGCGCGUUGUCGUACCGCGAUCUGACGAGAACAGCACUCUGCUGUCCUCUGACAUAACGGCCGGUGCCGUCGCUCCGGGUCACCUGCCGUCACUGUCAGGCCCAUCGGGGCCUCAUCACUGGGGCUAUCCGCCGCCCCCGCAUCCCUCCUACCAGCCUCAGCACCCGGAUGUACGUCACCAUCACGAGAUGCGACAUGACAUGCAGAGGCCGGAACUCCGUCACCCCGCUGAUAUCAGGCACGAGAUGAGGCACGAUAAUAUCGCCGGAAUGAGGCCGGACCUCACGGAGCUCAGACCCAGUCAUGAGCUCCCUGAAUUGAAGAACGACAUCACCGAGUUGAGGGCACAGGAUAAUCAGCAGCAGCAGCAGCAGCAGCAGCAACAGCAACAGCAACAGCAAUUGUCACAGUCGAGGGGGAUGAAACGGACGAUGAGCGAUUCGGACUGUGACGAUGUCUUCUCUGAGGAGAGUGGAAAGGAACCCUGCAACUCACCGGGUGGUGAUUCGUGUCAACACGCUUCGCGCAAACGAAGACGGGGAAUGAUUGAGAAAAAGAGACGUGACAGGAUAAACGCUUCCCUCGGAGAAUUGCGAAGGUUGGUACCAGCUGCCGCCAGGGAUCCUCACAGUGGAAAACUCGAAAAAGCUGAAAUACUUCAACUCACCGUCGAACAUCUACGUACCUUGAGAAAUAAAGGACCGGAAGGAUACGAUAGCACUAAGUUGGCCAUGGAUUACCACGCUGUCGGUUGGGGCGAAUGCGCAGCGGAAGUUGGACGAUACUUGGUCACCAUGGAAGGCCUCGACGAGAGAGAUCCGCUACGUCUGAGACUGCUGUCUCACCUUCAAAGCUUCCACAGAGAACACCCGCCGACCACCAGCACUGUCCUGCCCUCUGGAUCCUCCGUCAGCUCCGCCACUACAACCGGAAGUUACGAGCCGUCGAGCUCUUCCUCUGUCGGGAUGCCCUCAACGCCUGGAAGUAUGCCGCCUCUUCUGGGCAGCGGAGCUCUUGGCUGGGGUCAGUAUCCUGGACAGUACGUCCAACAGCAGCAUGGAAAACCGUAUCGACCUUGGGGCGCGGAGUUGGCUUACUGAAGUCAAAUAGGUUAUCCACCGCGUGGAAAAUACUGACCAAACUAACCAAUCGAUCGCGAGACGGUUACGUAAGCUUACGAAAGUCGUCGGUUAUAGCCGUUGUA